AAUGACCAAAAUUGUUAGGUGCAUACUCAAGUGCCAAUUUUUAAUGAACCCUCAAACACAAGGAACCAUAUUUGUCAUUUUCUCCCUCGUCUUCUUUCUUCUUUUUCUCCAAAUUUCUCCUUACUCCGUUGAUGGUCCUCAAACGAACAAUUCAUACAUGUUCACAAUGACCAUAUCAAGAAAACCACUAAAAAAAACUCUUUCUCCUCCCUUACACCAACUCUCCACCACCACCCCACCAUGGUUCACCCCACCCCCACCCCACCAACAUCAAGAUUCAUCAGACCCAAUACUCAAUAACCUUUCACAAGCCAUAAAAAACUCUCACACUAAACCCCUUCAAAAUUCCCUCAAAACCCUUCUCCCAUCUCUUAAACCCCAACACAUAAUCAACCUCAUUAACCUUAAUCCUCAUUCUUUAACCCCUUCUUCUCUUCUCUCUUUCUUCACAUGGCUUUCAACUUCUCACAAUUCAAAAUAUUGCCACACACUUCACACUUAUUGCACUAUGGUCCUUUUUCUUUAUACCCACGAAAUGUACACACAAGGUCAAUCUUUUAUCCAUACUAUUGUUUCAAGAAAAGGUAAAGACUCAGCCUUUACUGUUUUUCAAGCAAUCUUGAAAGCUAAAGGUAACAACUUGACAUCUUUUGUUAAUGUUCUUAAUGGACUUAUUGAUGUUUAUUUGGAUUUGGGGUUUGUUUCUGAUGCUAUACAGUGUUUUAGGCUUAUACAAAAGCAUAAAAUUAAGUUCCCAUUUCAAGGUUGUACUAAGGUUCUUGAAUAUUUAAUGAAGCUUAAUUCACCAAUGGUAGCUUUUGAUUUUUAUAAGGAGAUUUUGGAAUGUCGGUAUCCACCAAAUGUGCAUUUCUUUAAUGUUUUGAUGAGUAAAUUGUGUAAAGAAGGUAAAAUGAUGGAAGCCCGGUCGGUUUUUACGGAGAUGUGGAAGAGAAAUUUGAGACCUAGUGUUGUUAGUUUCAAUACUUUGAUAAAUGGUUAUUGUAGAUUAGGUGAUAUGGAUGCAGGGUAUAGGUUGAAAAGAGAAAUGGAGGAAAGAGGAAUUUCGCCUGAUGUUUAUACUUAUAGUGCUCUAAUCAACGGGCUUUGCAAGAAGUGUUGGAUGAGCGAUGCGAAUGAGUUGUUUAAUGAGAUGUGUAUAAAAGGUUUGGUUCCUAAUGUUGUUAUCUUCACGACUUUGAUUAAUGGGCAUUGCAAGGAUGGUAGCGUCGGUUUGGCCAUGGAUGCUUAUCGACAAAUGCUGAAGCGGAGGGUGGGACCCGAUUUAAUCACAUAUAACACACUUGUUAACGGGCUUUGUAAGAGCGGAGAUUUAGGGGAAGCAAAGAAGCUCGUUCACGUGAUGAUUGAAAAGGGUUUGAAGCCUGAUAAGUUCACGUACACAACCGUUAUUGAUGGAUGUUGUAAGGAGGGAGAUUUGGAUGGAGCAUUUGAGAUCAAGAAAGUGAUGGUUGAUAACGAUAUUGAACUCGAUGAUGUGGCGUAUACAGCUCUCAUUACAGGUUUGUGUCGGCAAGGUCGAAUAGUUGAUGCUGAGAGGACUUUAACCGAAAUGCUUAAUGCUGGUUUGAAGCCUGAUGACCCUAUUUAUACUAUGGUUAUCGAUGUUUUCUGUAAGAAGGGAGAUAUUAAGAUGGGUUUUAAGUUGCUACGGCAGAUGCAAAGUAAUGGACAUUCGCCUAAUGUUAUAACUUACAAUGUGCUUUUGAAUGGUUUAUGUAGACAAGGACAGAUGAGAAAUGCCGAAAUGCUAUUACAAGCCAUGCUUAAUCUAGGUUUGAGUCCAGAUGAUAUUACCUAUAAUAUCCUUUUGGAUGGGCAUUGCAAGUAUGGGAAUCCUGAUGAUUAUGAUAAGCUUCGUGGUGAAAUGGGGCUUGUUCAUGACUAUGCUACUUAUACUUCACUAGUUGGUAGCUUAAGUAGGAGCUCAAAACGUCAGCCCAAGAAGUCAUUCAUGUAAUCAUCAAAUUACGUAAUUAAUUUGCCAGAUCGUUUGUUAUUGGUCUCAAUGAAACUGUGCGGGCUCCCCUUGCUCUCCUUGGGAAAUGAGUCUCAUGGUGAUCCAUGGAACUUCUUGGUGUUAUGUGAAUGUGUCAAUGGAUCACUUGAAGCCCGUACAUUGGAGUUACCAUCAUGCCAACUAAUGCAAUUUUGAAUAAAUUGAUGAAGACAAUGUUAGGUUUUGAUGGCUUCUGAUGCCCCGUAGUUGCCAGUGUAUUACCUUCCAUUUGUUGAAGAAUUUAGAAUUGCAAUCUCAGCAUGUCAUUGCGCUGAGCUCGAGACUUGUGAAAGGUGUUUCACAGAUAGCUAUUCUUAAACCAGUCCAUCAAGAUUGCAGUCUUUAUACACCAGUGAAUAGUGAUGAAAGGCAAUAUUUUUUUACUCUGAAAGUUGAUAAAACCCCUAAAAAUGAAGCUGGGCCAAUUGAAAACAAUACUUUUUUCAAGCGAAGAAUCUUCUUUUUAGGAAGACAAUUCCCGGUCAUUCUAGAGGAAGCAAGUACAUCUUUAGUCAGCCUCGAGAAUCUGGCACGAGCAAUGGAAACUACAAAUAAAACACGAGUAAGCUUCAGCUGUGACAUUCAAAGAUGACCUACGACUAGUUCAACAGCUUUGUUGAAAAUGCAAGUUCAAUCUAAAAGAUAGAAAGAUAUUCCGAGUAUCCUUGUCUCUCUUAAUAAACAGGACAAACAUGCGAGUUCGGUCAGGAGGGACAAAAGAAAGAUGCUUUCUAUCAGCCAAAAGCAGAUAUCGCACUCCAUGCUCUCUUUCUUAGAAUUCAACAUUGUUGAUAUGUUUUGCAUCCUGUUCGCCCACUCUUCAUUUAGGGUGAUUCGAACCAGGGUUUGAUCUUUUGCUGCUCCCACUGACCACAGAGGCAUGCGAGAGACAGCGCUGAACAAUGACUCAAUGAUUGAAGAGGCUUUGACAAGACCUCGGCAUUCUCGCGUAUGUUAUUAAGACUCACUUGUUUUCCAGGGCUUGGGCGCCGCAAAGGGUUGAUAGGGCAGCUCGGCUGGUAAAAAAAUAGAUGGUACCGAAGCGGGAGGCUUAGUGGUCCGCCGGCAAGCUCGUUCUGAUCUUGGACACAGUACAUUGGAAUCCAUGUGAUCCGAGCAGUUGUUCCAUCUGCAAGAAAGUUUGUUUCACAUUUCCUACAAUGAAUUGGUUGAAGUGCAGACAGAUGGUGCAUGUGCAGGGAAUUCCGGGAGGAGUUCUUAUGGCUUUUAUAGAUGCGAUGCAUCGUGUGAUCUUAUCUCCCUAGACCCCACCCGGUGGGAUUAUACUGGGUAUGUUGUAUCGUGUGAUCUUGUCUAUGCAUACGCCAAGGAAAUUCAUGCUACUACAAACGCGGAAGCAAAAGCUAUUGCAAUUAGAUUGGCUCUAUAAUAUGCUAGUUUACUAGU